CCCUCUCCCUCCCAUUUACUUGACCAGGGGAGGGGAUACGCGAGCAUGGUUCUAGAGGAGGGAAAUAGUGCGAGAGUGCGAUGAUGAAGCGACAGUGAGAGCGCCGGGUGGGGGGGAUUAUUUGCUGGAGGGCUCCCCUCCCCCCUUCCUUCUUUUCUUUUCCUAUGACGGGAGUCUGUGUGGGCGUUUUUGUGAUAAGCGGGAAGCGGGAGGGAGAGGGGGGGGGUUGAUCUCGGAUCGAAAAGUGGUCGAUGUGAGAAGUGACCAACGAGUGUUUUCGAACGUCAUGUCUAUCGUUCGGUCGUUGCAACGACCAGCAAAUGAACCACUCCCCGCCGUGCCGGCCGCCCAAACUUGUCUAUUUUUUUUUUUAAUUAUUUUUUUUCGCGGGCUCGCCGACCGGUCCAUGUGGAGGAGACGGGAUAGAAAAGCCACAUGCAUUCAAUCGUCAAAUGUCAUGGUAUCCCAGGCGGGCUGGCGUGGAGCAGCGGCAUAUGCCACACACCACACCCUUCCCCGGCGCGACCAAGUAGGUAGGUACACUAAGAUGCUGCGUGCGCGGGCGGGUGUGUGUGUAUGUGUGUGUGUCUUGCUCGUUGUUGCCUCCCUGGCUGUUUCCCUCUUCGUAGUGACCUUUCGGACGUAUUCUCUUUUGGGUAUCCUUAGCUUGGUCUCCUCAUUCUCGGUAUUGUCCUGGAUAACGUUACUUUCUUUAUCCGCAGAUUCUCACACACUCUCUCUCUAUCCCAGGUCCCCGGUACAAGGCAAUGCAACCCUCGGGUUUCCGCGUCUGCAAUAAUGAUAAUGAUAAUAACGGGCGCAAAAAGAAGGGGAAAAAAAAACAAAAAAAAAAAA